AUGCAGCUCACGCGCUUCUCCGCGGCGAACAAGGUCGCUGCCGGCCGCACCUCCGGCCGCAAGACCACCGUCCGCGUGCAGGCCAAUGCUGAGGAGGCGCGCCAGUGGGUGGAGAGCUGGCAGGCCAAGCAGGCGGCCGCCGCCAACCGUGCCAGCUGGUUCCCCGGGAACAAGCUGCCUGAGCACCUGGACGGCACCCUGGUUGGUGACUUCGGCUUCGACCCCCUGGGCCUGGGCAAGGACGCCUCCAAGCUGAAGUGGUACCAGCAGGCUGAGCUGGUGCACGCGCGCUUCGCCAUGCUGGGUGUGGCGGGCAUCCUGGUGCCCGACCUGUUCCACCUGAUCGGCGCCGGCGGCCCCGCGGCCCAGAUCCCCUGGUUCGACCACGCCAAGUUCGAGUACUACGCGCCCAUCAACGCGCUCUUCGGCGUGCAGGUGCUGCUGUUCGCGUGGGCCGAGCUGCGUCGCCUGCAGGACAUCCGCAACCCGGGCAGCGUGGGCCAGGACCCCAUCUUCACCCAGUACAGCCUCCCCGCGGGCGAGGUCGGCUACCCCGGCGGCAUCUUCGACCCCCUGGGCUACGCCAAGGGCGAUGUUGCGGAGCUGAAGCUGAAGGAGAUCAAGAACGGCCGCCUCGCCAUGGUGGCGUUUGCCGGCUUCGCCGCGCAGGCCCAGACCACGGGCACCACCCCGCUGGCCAACCUCGCGACGCACAUCGCCAACCCCUACACCACCACCGUGCUCACCAACGAGCACCUGCGCCUGCUCUGA